AUGAAAGCAACUAUUUUUCUGGCCGCUUGCCUAUUCGUGAAUCUGGGGGCGCAAGGAGUUGUGGGCCAGCAGCAGGAGGAGGAUCUGCAGGAUGAUGAGACCAAUAUCUACAAGACAUCGAAAUAUAAAUAUUUUAUAGAACCCAGACAAAAGUUUACCUGGUCCCAGGCCCUCGAGGAAUGUAAAAAGAAAAAAAUGAAUUUAGCCACCAUUGAUAGCAAGGAAAGGGCUGAUGAUUUGAAAAUAGUUUUGAAUGAAGCCUUUGGCUAUGAAAAGAAACGCAUACCCCGUUUGUAUAUUGGUGCCAACGAUCUGGAUGAAUUCCGUGAAUUUGUAUGGAUUGCCAAGGGUGACAUCUUCAGCUAUACGAAUUGGGAAAAGGGUGAACCGAAUAAUUAUAAAAAAUUAAAUGAACGUUGUGUCCACAUCGGAUUCCAUGGCGAUGACAAAUGGAAUGACAUCAAUUGUAAUCGGAAAUAUGGUUUCAUAUGUGAUUUGGUUUUGGGCGUUGAGGAUCUGUCGAAUUUGGUGGUGAAGGCUUGA